AUAAAUAACCCUUCUUAAUCCCUAUUCCUCAUCCCAAGAACUCUCACUACUUUCUUUCUCUAAAAAGUCAAAAAGUCAAAGGAAGCCAUGACUAAGGAUGUGGAAGCAGUGUCAGAACAACCAAGAUCAUCUGAAUACUCAACAAAAGACUACCAUGAUCCUCCACCAGCUCCCCUUAUUGAUAUGGAGGAGUUUGGAAAAUGGUCUUUUUAUAGGGCUAUUAUAGCUGAAUUUGUUGCUACACUUCUGUUUCUUUAUAUAACUGUUCUUACCGUUAUUGGUUACAAGAGCCAAACUGAUACCACUGCCGGCGGUGAUGAUUGUGGUGGUGUAGGUAUCCUAGGUAUCGCUUGGGCUUUUGGUGGCAUGAUCUUUAUCCUUGUUUACUGCACUGCCGGAAUCUCAGGAGGACACAUCAACCCAGCAGUGACUUUUGGAUUAUUCUUAGCAAGGAAAGUGUCCCUACCAAGGGCAUUUUUGUACAUGGUAGCACAAUGUCUAGGUGCCAUAUGUGGAGUUGGGUUAGUAAAGGCAUUCCAAAAAGCAUACUAUGUUAGGUAUGGUGGAGGUGUUAACCAAAUGUCACCUGGCUAUAACAAAGGAACUGGACUUGGUGCUGAAAUUAUUGGUACCUUUGUUCUUGUUUACACCGUUUUUGCUGCUACUGACCCUAAGAGGAAUGCUAGGGACUCCCAUGUUCCUGUUUUGGCACCACUUCCCAUUGGAUUUGCAGUAUUUAUGGUUCAUUUAGCUACCAUUCCAGUGACUGGUACAGGCAUCAACCCUGCUAGGAGUUUUGGAGCUGCAGUGAUCUUCAACCAUGAAAAAUCAUGGAAUGAACACUGGAUUUUCUGGGUGGGCCCAUUUGUUGGAGCAGCAAUUGCAGCAUUCUACCAUCAAUACAUUUUAAGGGCUGGAGCAAUCAAGGCUCUUGGAUCAUUCAGAAGCACUGCUUAAAUUAAUUUAAGAAAAUAAUUAAACUUUGUUUUAAUUAAUUAUAUAUGGGGUUUGAUUAGGGAAGGAAAGAGGAGAAACCAUUAAAAUUGUAGAUAUAAUUAAAAAAAUGGGGUCAACAAUGGACUAAAUUAUUAUGGUUGAGUUGAGUUUGGUUGCUUCUCUUUGUUUUUUUUUUGUUGUUUUUCUUUUAUUGUUUGGUGUAAGCUUUUUUUUUUUUUUUUUAAAUUAUAAUUUUGCAAAGAUGCUUUGUAAUGGUGUUAAGUGAUGAUUGCACAUAAUUAUAGUACAUUAUCCUUGUUUUUGUUUGAUUUUAAAA